GAGGGAGACGAGAGAGAGAGGGAGACGAGGGGGAAUGAGAGAGAGUGUGUGAAAGAGAGAGAGAGAAAUAAAGAGGAGAAAGAGGAGAGAGAGGAGCUGAUUGCUUCUUCUAUUGACAAACGCAACACACACACAACACACACACACUCUGAGAGGACUCUCAACACAACACACAACACACACUCUGAGAGGACUCCCAACACAAGACACUUUGCUGGAUCCUGGAGCUUGGAGCUUAGUAUUCGUGUAUCGGAGUGUGUGUGUACUGUGGUACUGCUGUGUGUGUGAGGGUGAGAGAAGAGUGUCUUUCUAAGGACACCCUGAUGAAAAACGGAGCCAGGUUUUCAGGCAGAGCCCCCUGUGUGAUCCUCCACAUAUCUACCCUGGGGGACCCACCGCGCACCGCCGCCGCCUGUCAUCUCCACGACAACUAGAAUGGGCUGCAAUUUGUGCUCUUUACAGAAACGGGAGGAACACUACAAGCUGCUGUAUGAGAUUUCACAGGUGAAUGGCAGGGACUACUCCAAGGCCAGCCAUGACGAGAUGGUGGAGGUCAUCAGAAGAGACCCCAUCGUGGUGCAGGUCGUCCGUCGCCAUGGCAACCCCGCCCACUCACACCAAACAUUACAGGAAAUUCACGUGGUGGACGUGUGCACGCAGACGGACAUCACUUUUGAACACAUCAUGGCCCUGGCUAAGCUGAGGCCUGCUACUCCACCUGUACCCGACAUCUGCCCCUUUCUGCUGUCAGACAGCUGUCACUCCAUCCACACCAUGGAGCAUGAAUUCUACGAGUGUCCAGAGUACCUCUCCAACACCCCAGCUGAAGUGGACAGGCCAGAGGAGUUUGAGUAUGAGCAGGUAGAGCUCUGUCGGCUCAACAGUCAGGAGAAGUUGGGUCUGACGCUUUGCUAUCGGACUGACGAUGAAGAGGAUACAGCUAUCUACGUCAGCCACGUUGGACCCAACAGCAUCGCUGCCAGGGACGGGCGCAUUAGGGAAGGAGAUCGAAUAUUACAGAUCAAUGGCUGUGACGUACAGGACAGGCAGGAAGCUUUCACUCUCCUGUCCAAUGAGGAGUCCAGGAGUAUCGUUCUCCUGGUGACCAGACCAGAGGAGGCGUGGCUGGAUGAGGAGCACAAUGAACUCCUAGAGGAGCUGAAGAUGGAGAUCCUUGAGGAGAGGAGGAACGAGGAGGUGCAGAAGACAGGAGGAGGAGAGGAGCAGGCCAAGCAGCUGGAGGAGGAUGACGUCAUGACAGACACGGCCACGUGUUCCUCCAAUACUCAGGACAAAGACAGCGGCUUGGGGACGGGGCGCAACGAGGAGAGCUCCGAACAGGAAGUCCUCCUAGCCCGUGUCCACCGGAGGCCUGCCCAGGGCCUGAGAGACCAAUGGAGGGCCAAGCAUGGCCAGGGGCUGGGCAGGAGGGUGGUGGUACCCUCGGACACCCAGGGACCCAGGGGUCUGAUCCAAGCCCAGGAGGGUGAGGGUGGAGUGGGGUUAGGACUGGAGUGUGACAGCCGCUUCAAGCAGCUCCUGGAGCUCAAGUGCCAGAUCCGUAACAGCGGGGAGUGUGGUGUGUACUAUAGCAGGAGAAGCACCAUCGAGUGCAGCCUGACGGAGCAGAGCGGGGUGGGGGUCAGUGGUGGUGGAGGGAUGGAACAGGAGCUGAGGAUGUUGAAUGAUGAGCUGAGGAGUAUCGAGCUGGAGUGUCAGAGCAUCAUGCAGGCCCACCAGCUCCGCAAGAACCAAAGGGAUCCCCCCUGCACCCCUAUGUGCUCCCCAGGACGAAGCCCCAAACAUGGGCGUGAGCAGCAUGCCAAGCUGGCCGAUAUCAACGAGCAUCCAGGGGAGAGGCAGUGGGACAGCGACAAGCUAAGGGGGGACAAGGACAGCUCCAGUGCCUAUAACACGGCUGAGAGCGCCAGGUCCACUCCUCUAGGCAUGGAGAGAUCCCCAGACCACUCUCUACAGAGACGCAUCAGCCUCACCAACCAGAAGAACCUCCGGAGCACCAUGGCAGCCUCCAGCCAGUCCAUCUCCACCAUCCCAGACAGAGAGCUCCUGAGUGAGACCUCGACCGGGACCACCACACACAGCCGACAGGAUCCCAACCCCAGCCCUGGAACCACGGUCAUCUCCAGCAGCCCCGACCAGUCCAACCCUUCCCCCUCCGAGUCAGACCCGGCCCUGCCUGCAGACGACGAGCGCUGCGACCGCACCAGGAGCCACCGGGGGCCACGCAGGGUCCCUCCCUACCCGUCCCCUUACCACACAGCCCCCCAGCAGGGCGCCUCUCCAGCCCACGCCAGACACCUUCAGAGCUACAUGCAGCAGCUCCUCCAGCAGACCUCCAGUCUGGAGACCUACUCCCAGUCCCAGCUCAGCCUCCUCAGCGUCUGCCGGGACCGCUCCACCCGCCCGGGGGAACCACGCCUCGAAUGGAAGGUCAAAGUUCGAGCCGACGGGACAAAGUAUGUAGCCCGGCGACCGGCGAGGGACCGGAUUCUACGAGAACGGGCGCUGAGGAUCAGGGAGGAGCGUAGUGGAGGGAUGACCACGGACGACGACACUAUGUCCGAGAUGAAGAUGGGGCGGUACUGGAGUAAAGAGGAGAGAAAGCAGCAGCUGGCCAGAGCCAGGGAGCAGAGGAGGAGGAGGGAGUACAUGCAGAGGAGCCGGCUGGAGUGUCUCAGAGAGGGCCCUGGGAGCGGCGCCGAGGGCCGUAAAGAGGUCAACAUCCUGGAACUCAGCCACAAGAAGAUGAUGAAGAAACGCAACAAGAAGAUCCUGGAUAACUGGAUGACCAUCCAGGAACUAAUGAGUCACGGGGCCAGAGCACCUGAGAACCAGGGGACUAAACAAGUACACAAUGCCUUCCUGUCUGUUACUACAGUAUAGGACCACAGCUCCGGGUAGAAGUUUCCCUGUACACACAGAUCUAGGAUAAUUUAAAACUACCCGGGUCGGGCAUUAACCAUUUGGACGAUAAUGAAAAACUGACCUCAGAGCAGUGUCUAGGGACAACUUUGCCUCAUCUCUCUCUCUCUCUCAUCGCGUCCAUGCGGUAUGACCUUACUUGCCUCGUUCAAUGUGGCAUUUUUUAUAAUGGGGAAAAUCCUGUAUUUUUCACACUUUGUAAACUCAAUAAUAUUUUGUAAAAUGUUUUUUUUUACACUGGUUGUCGAUGCACUGUGAAAUGUUUUCUGCAGUCGCUCAUUUAUGAUGUCAUGAAACAUGUUUCUAUCAUAAUCAGAAUUAUCUGUAAACCACAUCAUCAUCAAGUCAAAGACAUGGUGGUACGUUAUCAUGUUUGCAUUGUUUAUCCAGCAUGGCAGUGAUUAACUGUAGUGGUCAGAAAUGUACCAGACACCUGAGAACAGACACUUGACUCUUGUGCAGAAUCCUCCUUGUCUUUUACUGAGGAUUGACCAUAUAACUGCACAACCCUCUAAGACCCAUUCAAUAUGCCAAGCUGCCCUGCGAGUCAAGACACCACUAAAUCUCUGAAGGAGCUUUCAUCAUUUCUGAAAAUGUCAACUCAGAGUUCUCUUGGAAAAUUCUGAAGUCCUGAGAAUGUCAAUAAUUCAGUGGUGUCUCAGAGGCUUUCAGUUUCCCAGUUUAAAAGUCUUGAAGGAAAGGUUCACUAGUCAACAGUUUCUCAGUUUAAAAUA